AUGACAUCUUCAAGCUCUGCCCAGCAUCCAGCAGCUGAGAAUGCGUGCAGAAUCACACUCGGACAAGUUAACCAGGUGCGACCCAAACUGCCGCUUCUGAAGAUUCUGCAGGCUGCAGGUGCCCAAGGUGAAACCUUCACACUGAAGGAGGUUAUGCAUUACUUAGGACAGUAUAUAAUGGUGAGGCAGCUAUAUGACAAAAGACAGCAACAUAUGGUCUACUGUGGAGGAGAUCAGCUGGGAGAACUGCUGGGACUGGAAAGGUUCUCUGUAAAAGAUCCAAGCCCAGUCUAUGACAUGUUGAAACGGAACCUGACUUCGGCUGCAAUGGCAGAUGCUGCACAGAAUCUCGCAAAGGAACAGAGCGUCGAUAAGCCAAGCCAAGACCAGCUGAAGUUUAGCCAGCAAGAAGGUUCUGACACUAGCAUCGUGGAGGGUGAAAGCAAUGCUUCUGCUUUGUCUACCUCAGAGCAAAAAUGUGAGAAUUAUGAAGACAAAGACUUAAUAGAAAACCUCUCUAAAAGCAAGAAGCCUAAACUGGACCUAGUGUUUGAGGAAUGGGAUGUAGCUGGUCUUCCAUGGUGGUUUUUAGGCAACCUCAGAAGCAAUUACAAGUCCAGAAGUAAUGGAUCAACAGAUAUUCAGACUAACCAGGACGUAGACACUGCCGUUGUUUCAGAUACUACUGAUGACUUGUGGUUCCUCAACGAAUGCCCGUCGGAUCAGAGCAGUGCUGCAGUCAAGGUGGAAACGAUUGACUGCGAGGAAGUGAAAGAAGGUGACAAAAAGGUGACCGAGGAUGCAUGUUUGCAUGACUUUGAGGAUUCUCAGUGCUUAAGUGAUGACACAGAUACAGAAGCUGUUUCUGAGGACUGCUGGCAAUGUACCAAAUGCAAGAAAUUUAACUCUCCAGGCAAACGGUACUGUUACCGCUGCUGGGCCUUACGGAAAGACUGGUACUCAGAUUGUCCCAAACUGGCUCAUUCUCUUUCUCUGUCCAACAUUGAUGCUAUGCAAAACAAAAAUGAUGAUGGAGGGAUAGAUGUCCCGGACUGCCGAAGGACUAUUUCUGCUCCAGUUGGCCAACCCAAAGACCUGUACAUGGCAGAAAACAAAUCGUGUGUAGAUCCCUGCAACUCUGUCAAGUCUUUGGAUUUGGCACGAGAAUGUGAAAGGAAGGAAUCUCUGUUGCAUUUCACUGAGCAUAAAAAGGAGGAAGAAAUACAGUCUUUAGAGAGUAUAAAAAAAUUGCUGAAUCCUUGCUACUUAUGCCAUCAUAGACCACGGGAUGGGAAUAUUGUCCAUGGAAGGACUGCUCACCUUGUGGCCUGUUUCAAGUGUGCAAAGAUGCUGAAGAAAAAGAGAUCACCUUGCCCAGUGUGCAGGAAAGAGAUUGAGAUGGUGAUCAGGAUCUUUAUGGGGUAG